GCCGUUCUCAUUUAUAUCAUCAACCAACAACUAGCAAUCCAAUAACUUUAAUCUUUUAAUACAUCUCUUCAAAAAAUUCAAACUUUCAGAAGACAAAAUAAAUCGAAAUGGCUUUGGUUAGAAGUUUAUUGGGUGCAAAGAAGAUUCUUGGCCGCUCCCUGACAGCAGCAGCUUCUUCCACGAGCAAAACAACAGCCUCGGCGGCACCUAAAGGGUUUCUUGCGGUGUACGUAGGAGAGAGUCAGAAAAAGAGAUAUGUGGUGCCAAUCUCAUACUUAAGCCAGCCUUCAUUUCAAGCUCUCCUCAGUAAAUCUGAAGAAGAGUUUGGGUUCGAUCAUCCGAUGGGUGGCUUAACGAUUCCUUGUCCCGAAGAUAUCUUCAUCAAUUUAACGUCUAGGCUCCAGUGAAUGAUGAUUAUCCUAAUCUUUUCUUCUUCUUGAGUUAGCAAUAGACUUAUUCAUUGUAAAUUAUAGGACAUUUUUCUCAUCUUCCUCCUUUUUGGAUGAAUUGUUGAGAGAAUGAAUAUCACAUCUUACGACGCA